UCCCUGUCUUAAGUUCAGGGUCAUCUUGCAUUCAAGUAAAUGUGGUAAUUUGUGGUUAAUAUGUAUUGAUUUACCUAUUGAUAAAAGGCUACUAUUCAGUGAUCAGCUGUGCUGAUCUCUCUUAAUAUAGCUAGCUCUACAUUUUUUUCCCCUUACCUGAUACUUGAUAACAGUUUAAAUCAGCAGUUCUCAACCUUUUUUCUUCUGGGACCCAUUUGCCAAGAUUGGCUUGUCCAGACUCAGAGUCCCCUGCCAGUGCCCAUCACUUCCAAUCCACAGCCCCCUGGUCCUGCUGGUGCCCCUCACUCCCAAGCCACAGCUUCUUGCUUUCCCCCACGCAGGCCAUGCAGGUGCCCUCACUCCUGAUCUGCAGUCCCCCGCCCCCCCAGCCCUGCUGGAGGGGGCUCCCUAGCUGCCCCUGUUCUGCUUGGGCUGGAGCAUGAGCAGUGAGUGCAUGCCCCUCCAUGUAUGGGUACCAACCCUCCAGAUAGUCCCCUGGACUUCUUCCUCCUGCUCCCCAUACACUUACCUGUGUCUGGCGCCUGGGGCAGCUCCCACGACCAAGCAUCGCUGUAUGCUGCCCGCAUGUGUCUCUGCACACAGGUGCACAUGGUCCCGCUGCCUCCAAUUAUUCUGACAAGGUUGUAUCCUUUACUUAAAUGAGCAUUUCAGUAAGAAUUUAAAAAAAUUUCUAAUGAACUAAUUUGUAACAAGCUUGCUCCCUUGUCAGUAUAGCAAGACAAGAAAUUAGUGGUGCAUUACUUAUUAGUGUGACUAAAGAACAGAAGAAAACUAAGCAGUUAAUUAAGAAAGCAACCCAUCAUCAGCUUGACUCAAGAAAACCAAAUUAUGGUCAUUUAAACCAGCAUUUCUCACAUUCUCAUUUAAGUAAAGGAUACAACCUUGUCAAUAUUACAGUAGUUUUACUGAGUUUCACUGUGUUUGACAUUUCAGAACCACUCAUGAAUUCUUGUUUGGUGCCCUUGCUGAGCUUGUGGAUAAUGCCAGAGAUGCUGAUGCCACAAAGAUAGAUAUUUAUACUGAAAAACGCGAAGAUUUGCGAGGAAGAUUCAUGCUUUGUUUUUUGGAUGAUGGAGCAGGAAUGGAUUCAGGAAGUUCCUGCUGCGUCAUGUAAACUGUCUCCUGGGAUGCGACACUUCAUGUUUGUGGGAGGACUUUGUCACGCAGUUGACCAUGACUGGAAAAUCUUUUUUAUAUUCUGCCUUCCAAAAACAAGGUGAAGCUGCCAGUGUGAUUCAAUUUGGAAAAUCAGCCAAACGAUCACCCGAGUCUACUCAAAUUGGACAAUAUGGGAACGGCUUGAAAUCGGGUUCCAUGCGGAUUGGAAAGGAUUUUAUCUUGUUCACAAAGAAAGAUGGCACUAUGACUUGUCUCUUCCUCUCACGCACGUUUCAUGAGGAAGAAGGCAUUGAUGAGGUAAUUGUUCCUUUGCCCACCUGGAACACAUGUACCCGGGAGCCUAUAACAGACAACAUGGAGAAAUUUGGAAUUGAGACAGAGCUUAUUUACAAGUAUUCCCCCUUCAAGUCGGAGCAAGAGGUGAUGGAGCAGUUUAAUAAGAUUCCAGGGGAAAAGGGGACCCUGGUGAUCAUUUUUAAUCUCAAACUAAUGGAUAAUGGGGAGCCAGAGUUGGAUGUGACUUCCGAUUCCAGAGAUAUUCAGAUGGCAGAAACAUCCCCAGAAGGAACGAAGCCAGAGCGUCGCUCCUUCCGUGCUUAUGCUGCUGUGCUGUACAUUGAUCCAAGAAUGAGGAUCUUCAUCAAUGGACACAAAGUGCAAACCAAACGACUCUCUUGUUGCCUCUAUAAGCCCAGGAUGUACAAAUACACUUCAAAUCGUUUCAAGACCCGUGCAGAACAGGAAGUGAAGAAAGCAGAACAUAUGGCUCGGAUAGCGGAGGAGAAGGCUCGGGAGGCAGAGAGCAAAGCACGUGCCCUGGAACUGUGCCUGGGAGGGGAUCUCACACGGGAGUCCAGGGUGACUCUACGGCAAGUCCAGAACUCAGCCAUAACUUUGCGUAGAGAGGCUGAUGUCAAGAGGCGAAUCAAGGAGGCAAAGCAGCGGGCACUGAAAGAGCCUAAAGAGUUGAACUUCAUUUUUGGAGUGAAUAUUGAGCAACGGGAUUUGGAUGGCAUGUUUAUCUAUAACUGCAGUCGUCUGAUUAAGAUGUAUGAGAAGGUGGGCCCACAGCUGGAGGGUGGCAUGGCAUGUGGUGGAGUGCUGGGAGUGGUGGAUGUACCCUACUUGGUUUUGGAGCCCACACACAAUAAACAGGACUUUGCUGAUGCAAAGGAGUAUCGACACUUGCUGAAGGCAAUGGGGGAGCACUUGGCACAAUAUUGGAAGGAUGUUGCCAUAGCCCAGAGGGGGAUCAUCAAGUUCUGGGAUGAAUUUGGUUAUUUAUCAGCAAACUGGAACCAACCACCAUCUAGUGAUUUACGCUAUAAACGCCGAAGAGCCAUGGAAAUUCCCACUACAAUUCAGUGUGAUCUGUGUCUGAAAUGGCGGACCCUCCCAUUCCAGCUGAGUUCCGUGGAGAAGAAUUACCCUGAUAGUUGGGUGUGCAAUAUGAACCCUGAUCCUGAACAGGAUAGGUGUGAGACUGCAGAGCAGAAGCAAAAGGUACCUCUGGGAACACUAAAGAAGGACUCUAAGUCACAGGAGGAAAAGCAGAAACAGUUGACAGAGAAGAUCCGACAGCAUCAGGAGAAGUUGGAGGCAUUGCAGAAAACUACUCCAGUCCGGUCCCAAGCUGAUCUAAAGAAACUGCCUUUGGAGGUGACCACACGGCCUGUGGUGGAAAACUCACAAUCACUGAACAGACCUCAGCGCCCACGAUCUCCACCUUUACCUGAUGUGAUUAAAAAUGCUCCCAGCAGACCACCAGUGCCACAUCCUCCCCCCAGAUCUGUCAGUCAGCUGAGAAAGGGUCCUGUGGCUCGGCCAGCCAUCAGCACCCCCAGGCUGGCAAGUGUGCUGUCCAGGGAGGAGGCCAGUACUUCUAGAACACAUCAGCAUAUAGUGGCUGUUGGGAAGCCAAACAACGUAACUGUUCGAUCUCCUGCCAAACCUCUCCCAGUGGGGAGGCCAUCGUCUGUGCCUCCACAGAACUCCAGGAGCCAACGUGAGACACCCAGCCCUAAAACUUCCAAGAUGGCAGCAGUGAAGAAACCUGUUUCCCUCAAAGCUUCUCAGCAGGCCUCCAGUGUCCGGAAAAGGGCAUUCAACACCACAGAGGAGGGGUGUGAGGAGGAAGUGGAGCAGAAGAAGGAGAAGACAAAACGAGGCAAGUUUGUGGUGGUAAAAGAAGAGAAGAAGGACUCCAGUGAGGUUGUGGUGGAGCUCACAGACAGUGCAGGGGAAGAGGAGCUAACAGAUCUGAAACAAGUACAGAAAGAUAAAGGGCUGCAUGUGGAGGUGCGUGUAAACAAAGAGUGGUUCACAGGCCGCGUCACAGCUGUAGAGAUGACCAAGCAUGCAGUACGCUGGAAGGUGAAAUUUGAUUACGUACCUACAGAUGUUACACCAAGAGAUCGCUGGGUAGAGAAAGGCAGUGAGGAUGUACGGUUGAUGAAGCCUCCUUCCCCAGAAUACCAGAGUCCAGACACUCAACAGGAAGAGGAAGAAGUGGUUGCAGCUGAGCCUUCUACCUCAGACUGUGUCCGAAUUGAGCCAGACACCACUGGGCCCAGCAGCAGUCAAGAAACAGUGGAUUUGCUAGUCCAGAUCCUCCGGAAUUGUUUGCGGUACUUCUUGCCUCCAAAUUUUCCCAUUUCCAAGAAGGAGUUAAGUUCCAUGAGUUCAGAAGAGUUGAUGGCAUUUCCUCUGAAAGAAUAUUUCAAACAAUAUGAAGUGGGUCUGCAGAACUUAUGUAAUUCUUAUCAGACUCGUGCUGAUGCUCGGGCUAAAGCGUGCGAAGAAAGCCUACGCAAUUCAGAGGAAAAACUCAAGGAGACAGAAGAGAAGCUCCAGAAGCUGAGAACUAACAUUGUGGCAUUGCUACAGAAGGUGCAGGAGGACAUUGAUAUUAAUACAGAUGAUGAGCUGGAUGCAUAUAUUGAGGAUCUGAUCACCAAAGGAGACUGACGAGCCCAGAUGCAGCAAUGGGGCAGUAGCAUAGAGGAGUUGGCCCCUGCGAUCUCAGAGACAUGGAUUCCUGCAGUGGAGGGGGGACCAGAGCAGCACAUGAAAGGGGAGGGCUGUUAGACUGUGUAUAUUGACGUGUCGGUGUACAAACUGUUCUUGUGAUUUUAAAUGCAAAAAAAGACAUUUGUGCUGUUGGCGGGAAAGUUUUUAACAUUGUAGUUCUUCAAACCUCUUCCCUUUGUUUAUAAAUAUUUAUUUUUUAAAAGAAACAGGAACUGUACCUGGUACGACA